AUGCACUACCUGGGGAGCUGCGGGACCGAUGCCUGCCAGCUAUUGCUGCUCCAGCCCUCUGCUGACGUUGGAGAGGAGCUGACCUGUCCCAUCUGCCUGGGAAUUUACAGUAACCCCGUGUCCCUGUGCUGCGGCCACAGCUUCUGCAAGGAGUGCAUCCAGGAGGCAUAUCACAGCCACCAGCGUUGCCUGCAGGGCCCUUUCCACUGCCCGCUGUGCUACACCCAGGCAGACCCCGCUAUGGAGCUGCAGCCCAACGUCCAGCUCCGCAGCAUCGUGCAGAGGUUUUUGGAUGCUCCUCCUCAUCAAGAAGAGAAAGAGCCUGAAGCGGAAGGCAAAGAGAAGGGGAAAAGUUCUGACGAGCAAGGCAAGGUGGUCCUGUGCGAUUUCUGCCUUCAGGAGCCCCAGCCAGCCAUGAAGACGUGCCUGAGCUGCGAGGCCUCCUUGUGCCAAGCCCACCUCAGCAGGCACAGCGCAAAGAGCCCCCUGAAACACCACGUCCUGAUGGAGCCCUGCAAAGCUCAGUUUUUGGCUGAGAGGAGAUGCCCCCAGCACGGCAAACUGCUGGAGUGCUACUGCAAGACGGACUCGGUCUGCAUCUGCGUGCUGUGCUGCGUGACCAGCUCCCACAAGAACCACAAGAUCACCACUUUGGAGGAGGCUUUUGGCGAAGCGCAGAGUGAAGAGAGCCUGAGGAGGAAUCGGCUGGAAAGCCUCUUUGAAGACAUGCAUCUGCAGCUAGAUAACAAAAAACAAGAGGUCCUGACAACUCUCAGUCGCAACGAGGAGCAACAACUUUCUCAGAUUCAGACGCAGCUACAACAACAAAAAGAGAGGAAGGAUGCAGCCAGCAGUGAUGUUCAGGAGCUAGAGGCUUUGAGAGAUCAGAAGGACCUACUUCUGUAUGUCAAGGCUUUUGCAGAGAUUGCAGCCAGGAAACGCAAGCCAGUUUCUAAAAAAGCUGGGGUAAAGCUGCAAACGUCACCCAUUAUUUUGGAUGAAUUAACAACAGACGCUAGUCUAAGGCUUUUCCGACAGUUUCUCUCGGACAUGCAGUCCUUAUUUAAAGCACCUCCUGCCAUGGCAAAAGCCAAGGAAGGAUGUGGAAGGGGUGCCAGCCUGGAGGACGAGCUCAGCUGUCCCAUCUGCCUGUGCCUGUACAGGGACCCAGUGGCGGUGAGCUGUGGUCACAGCUUCUGCAGACAGUGCAUCCAAAAGGCGCUCGGUGCCCAGCAGCAAUCCAAGGCCCCUUACUCCUGCCCCAUGUGCAAGCUCCAGCUGGGGCCCAUCCUGGAGUUGCAGAAGAACUUCCAGCUGUGCAGCAUCGUGGAGACAUUUCUGGCCAGCACUUCCAAAGGACAAGAGGACAAAGGCUCUCCAGAGGGGAAGAAAGAGGUGGUUCCCUGUGACUUCUGCCUGGAUUGGUCACGGCCAGCGGUGAAAACCUGCCUGAUCUGCGAUGCGUCUUUGUGCCAGGCCCAUCUGAACAAACACAAUGCCAAGGCUUCCCACAAGGACCACGUCCUGGUGGAGGCAGGCGCAGAUGGUGCGGCAGAGUUGAGGAGGUGCCUGGAGCACGGCCGGCUGCUGGAGGGCUACUGCCAGGACGAGGGACAGUACAUCUGCGUGCUCUGCUCUAUUUCGGGGAGCCACAAGGGCCACAGCAUCAUCACCCUGAAGGAGGCACAUGACAAAAAGCUGGGUGAACUCUCGGAUGUCGUGACCUGGCUGCACGAACGUAAAAGCGCUUUAGCUACUGCCCUAGAAGAGCUUCAGAAAAAUGAGGAUCAGCUCAAGACCAAUACGAAAACAGUGACUUCUCAGCUGCAGAAGCUGUUUGAAGAGAUGAAGACAGAGAUCAUUCAGAAAGAGAAGAAGAUCUUGAGUGACAUUCAGGCCAGUGAGAAAGAACAACUGGCAGAUAUCACCACAGUGAAGAAUGAAAUGGAGCAGAGGAAAGCUGAGGCUGCACAGCAUCUUCAGUCUUUGCAGAAGAUGAGAGAGCAACCAGAUAUUUUCAUCUUCUUCAAACAUUUGAAAGCUCCCAUCCAGGUUUGGAUUGCAAGUCAGAAUUUCAGCGUCCAGAGGAUGAACGAGGUGGUGGUGCAGCUGGAUCAGGCCAGUAUCAACCAGUACCACUGGCUGAUGCAGGACUUCUCGAGUCGCGUGGACGCGCUGCUGCAAGGCGUGCGCG